CUGUUGCUGCGGCUCGGUCGGUCCUUCUGCCUUGCGCUCUGGCGCAUCGGCCUCCUGCGGUUCCGUUCUUGUCUUCCUUGCAAAUACCCUUUCCGUGCAUAGAGACUGAAGCGCUUCCGAACAUCCCCGGCUUGCCGUAGAUGGCGAGAGGAAAAACCCCAUAGGAACUGGAAACCUCCCUGUUGCAACAUUCUCCCGUGAAAGAAUGUGGACUCGCUCCGGAUUGUGGUGACUGCAGGAGUCAAGAAAAAACAAACGCGGCCGGGUUUUAGGGCGGGGAAGGAGCGGAUCCGAAGGAGAGGGCGAACUCUAGCUCGCUGUCGACCAUGGGACAAUGCCGGCGCAAGAAUCAGAGGAUCUUGACACCUGUCACAGGACAAGGCUUUCUCCGGAUGAAAGGAAGUGAGUGCCUGUACCAAGAAAGAACUUGAGGAAGCCUUCAUUUUUCUCCUGCUCUGUUAACAAAGCAGAGCAUUGCUUACAUGAGUUUUCUGACUGUGGUGUUGCUGAAGAUCGCUGGCAGAUCUGCUCCAUGUAACUAAAAUUCCUCAGUGUUGCGAGCCUCAAAGAAUGCCGCCAUUAAACCACAAGAGUGGAACUGAAUGUAAGACCAAAGUGCUGUAUCGUGCCUGGAAAGGGCAGCUAUUCAUUCAUGAGCAGCGACUGUGUGACACUGUCUUUUGGUCACCAUUAAGUGGCUCAAUCCCAUCGCAAUUACCAGCCAGACUAGAGAUCAGGCACGUUGUGGGUGUAUCUGACUUGAGAAAAAAGUUCCCUGAAGCUGCAUUUCAGAAAAGCAGUUACGCAAAUAAUGAAGCCUGCUAUCAAGGAAUUUGGUUCUGUUUAUAUGAAGUAGAAAUAUUAAAUCAAAAUGAAUUGAAAGUGGAUCAGUUAAUACAGAGUUUAAAAGAAAAAGAUCUGGCACUUGUCAAGUAUUUAAAUGAUCAGGGAGUUCUCCUCUUACUUGCCUCUUCUGCCCUGGUAAAAGAAAAAGAUUCCAAGACAGAGGAACCUCCAUGUCUUCAGGCUUUGUUUUUAAUCUCGUCACCAAGGCCGGGGCGCUUAACAGCAAAUGACCUGAACUGUGAACAUGGAGAGGAUGAGAGAUCCUUCCAAGUCACUUUGGCCUUGCCAGGACUUUGCCAUGCGUUGGUAGAAGCUGCCAAGAAUCUGGACAGUGGCACUUCACUUUGCUCCUUCGUGAAACUGCACAUUGAGGAAUUUGCAAAGCUGCAAAAGGAUAUGCAACCAGUCUUUGGCAACCUUAGCUGUUCGCCCUUCUCUUCUGAUCUGGAGAAGCCAGACCCAGAUGCUUUUUCUGAAAAGUGUCCCCCAGCCUCUUUUAAUCACUUGCGAUUCUACCUGUCUCAGUCUCAGAACUAUACCCUGGAAAUGUCAGAGGCUGUUGCUUGCCUGAAUGACAGUUCUCCACCUCCCAGAGGAGGUGGUGUGCAAGAGGCUGAGUCUUCCUCUGGUGUAGAUCUGGACUCCUUGCCUUCUGCUAGCCCCCCAGAGGCUGCUGAAGCCACACGGCCGCGGCGUGCUACACAGCCGAAUCCACCUAGCAAAGAUUCUCCUGUGAAAAUUAUUCAGACAGGGGAUCGGACUUUGCAGCGAUGUAAGAGGAAAUCCAGCCGGCUGCUUGGGGGAAGUGCGAGGAAGAAAUGGUCUCCACUGAAAGUUCUAUGCAUCAUGGAGAGCAACAAAAAGAGGAAGAAAGCCAAGAAGAAAAAGAUGACUCCCUCCUUUCCAUCCUCAAAAAAUCCAGGGCUUCCUGUCAAUUCUAAUGAGCCCACCCUUAAAUUAAAAAACCUUCAGAAUCCGCUAAAGAGGAAGAGGGGUGCUGAGGUUUUGUCUGCCGAAUUUGUGCAGAGAUCCAGGUGUGAGUUGGCCUCGAGAGCCACAUCCAUUUCUGAGGGCCUCAGUGGCCUAGAAGUUAAAAAGCCCCGGCUCUUGAAACUCAAAAGGGAGAUGGCAAAGGUUAAAAGCGAGGAGAGAAUGGACAUGAAGCAAAUCUCAAGGAAAAGUGCCCGCCACAGUAUGGAUGAUGCUCCAGUGGAAAGGCAGCAGGAGGCUGGGGAUAAGAAUGAUCCUGCAGGUGAAAGAACAGUGGGACAGGAUGCUUGUCCGGCCCUGAAAAGUGAGGAGUGCGAUUCCCAUGCCUUGAACAUGCUGGCUGAUUUGGCGCUGAGCUCCUGCAACACUCCCUUGGUCAGCGUCAGCAGCAAACCUUCCUUGCCCUUCAGCCCAUCACGGGAUCGCCGUCGCCUGCAGAGAGGGAAGCCUUUGCACAAGUCCUCUGACCAUGAAUAUCACAGAGCCACAAAGAAGUGGAAAGGCAUUUCCCUUUCAAGCAAAACGUGCCAAAAGUCCCUUGUGUCUCCUGGGCAAGGGAGCCUCAGUGUGGAAUCUCGUUCUCACUCUCAGGAGAGAGGCCGUGUGAGUUCUAGCAGAAAGGGGAGGGCUGGCCCGGCCAAGCCCCAUAUCGUUCUUCCAAAAGAGGCCGGGGAUCUUUCUGACUCCAGCAUGAACUCUCUGAUUUCUUCCGAGCACUCAUAUGCCUCUCCAGUGUCAGAGUCUUUGAAGAAAGGAGCCCUCGGUUCUCCCAGUGCUAAGAAUGGGUUGAAGAAUGCUAAAUCCGGACCCUUGGUUGGGAAAGUGCUUCCUUUUCGGCACCAGGAGAACAUUUGCCAUCCCCACAAGCAGUUUAAGAACUACGUGCCGUUCCUGCGCUCCGCCAUCAUGGCUGCGAGGCUGAAGGAUGACUUUUCCAAGUCCCAUAAAGUGGCCUUUUGUGACAAAACUGUUAAAGUUACUUUCCAGUGGGAGUCGGAAUACCUCUUCAGUUUUGAUAGCAAAUACACGAAUAAUUCCUUAGAGAAAACCGUGAUUCGGGCUGUGCAUGGGCCAUGGGAUAUCAGCCGGUCCGAUGAAGUGGAAGAAAUGAAGCUCAUCCUUCACAUGUGGGUGGCCUUGUUUUACAGCAAGCCCUUCAAAUCUCCUACUGUAAGGAAAGUGGUUGAACAUAGCAACCCUGCCAAGUAUGUAUCGUUGAACAGUGUUGUGGAUCCCUUAGAACUAACGGACGACUGCGAGGGGUCUUACAGUUUGGAGAAAUGCCCUGCGGACUCUUUUUCCGAUGCUAACCACAUGCCCAGUGAUGUGGAGGAGAGAGCAGUGUCUCCCUCCGAGAAACCCCUCUCAUGUAACGAGCUAUCCUCUACAAAUUGCCUAGAGGAUGAAACCCCCCUUAUCAACCCGGAGGAAUCCAGGGAACUGCCUUCGAUGGAGGAGCAGUGCCAUGCCACGGCCCACAAUUCUGAAGAUGCUGUGGGUUCCUUUGAGAAGGUGGUGUCUGGGGAGGAACAAGAAGAAUGCUCGACGGAUCCUGCUCUCUCUGGUGAAAGCUUGAACGUAAACGCCUUGGAUGUACACAGGAACGGGUGUUCGAGGCCUUGGGCGUAUAGAACUGAUACGAUGGCAGAAGCAAACCGAGCCAUUAAUAUCGUGGAAGCUUCCCAGAGUGAUGCUGCCGUGAUAUGUGCUGAACCUCCAGGGGGUUCGGCAGGCGAAGAGCCUAUAGCAAGCAACAAGGCUGCUGUUUCCGUGGGGAGCUGGAAAAUAAACAGUGCCACUCCUCCUGCAGAGGAGGGGGAGGAGAACCACCGGACGACUGGCACGGAAUUGCUCCAUAUGUCUGAGGCUGUGUGGUUAGAUGCAAAUGCAGAUUGCAGGGAAGAUGAAAGUCUUUGCCGAGAAGUGAGAGCGCCACGGGAUAUCCCCAUGGAUGAAGAAGAUGCAGAUGGUGAAAGUGUUGAGUGGGAAUCCAUUGAUCUCGCUCUUUCAGAAAGCAAUGAUGCCGAUGUGGAACCCCGGGAUUUCGACCUGGAUCAAGAGAAUGGAGAAUUCCCAGAAGAAACUAGUGUGGCAGAAGAACGAGAAACAGCUGGUGCAUCUGACUUGGCCUUGAAAGGUUGUGACAGCCAAUUCAGCUCUCUUGCAUCGCCUGCUAUACUUUCUGAAUUGCCUGAUAGCCAGUCAGAUUCUGCAGCCCCAAAUUCACCCCGAAAUUCUGCAUCUCGGAACCAAACAGACUCCAUUGAGGGUUUCUGCCUCUUGGAAGGAGGUGGGUUUGAGCACCUGGUUGAUUCAGUUCCACCCCAAGCUAGCCCAGUUCAUCAGAUAGCCCUGGAUGAAGCAGAGGAAUUGCCAAGGACUGACAACAAGGCUGUUGAAGAUGAACAUCCCGUAUCACCAGGCCUACCAGGCAUGGAUGCAAAUGCAUAUGUCUUCCAGCAGGGUAAGGGAAUAAAUUCGGCAGACUUGGCUUGCACGCAGACAUCUGAAUUAUUCCAGCUACAGAAGGAUAGAGCAGCCCAGGGGGAAGAAGCAGGGAGCCAAGGUUCUCCUGUGCCAGAGACAACUCCUGUGUUUGCAGACCCGGUUAGUGUGGUUGAUAUUUCCUGUCUUCCAACGGAAAACCAAGGAGUAAAUCUGGCUGCUUCCAUUUCAGGACAUGCUAGUCCUGUCCAUCAUACUGUUCCUAAUAAAGAAUUCCCAGAGGCCUCCAAAGACCCAGCAGAAUCAACCAGGUUUCCUGUAUCUCCAAAUCUAAUGGAUUUCAUUGAAGAUAUUUCCCAGGAAUCCAUUCAUCUGGCCGAUUUACACACUUCUGAACAUGGCCAAGUGCAAAAUGGUAUGUCUGCGCAAGGAGAAUCUAUAGAAAACCAAGAGGAUACUGUUAUGUCAGCCUCAAACCUUGCAGAAGAUAUGGAUUGGGUCUGUGAGUCCUGUGUUCCCCAGGCAGAGGAAGAAAAUAUCCCAGCUGAUGCAGCUCUGUUGCAGGCUACCCCUGGUGGUCAUACACCAUCGAACAAGAUAGCAGAAUUGUCAGGAAGCCAAGGCAUUCCUGCUGUGGCGACAAAAAGUGCUGCCCUUCCAGAGCAAGCCAGUAUGACUGAGGAUUCCUGUGCUCACCAGGAAAAUAAGGUAGUCCUGCCUGACAUGGCUCCUGUGCACACAGAUAAGCUACACCAAGUUCAGCACAGGACAGUCACACACAAGGUGCCGAAGACAGGACCAGUGCCAGAAUUACAGAAAGAUUCUCAAGGCAAAAAGGAAUCUCAACACUUGGGGUUAGAGUGUAUGGAGCUUGACGCUAACUCAGAAAAGGAAAUGUUUUGUGUCAGUGUUGGGAAUGCUGGAGCCUCUUCUGUAACUCAAGCAGUUGCAUCUGAGGACAAAGAAUUAAAUUCGACUGGAGUUCCUGUAUCAGAAGAUACCAAGGCUGUUGUUUCUGAGUUGAUAGACACAGUAAGUGCCGCGGCUGUGGAGGGUGAAGACUCUUCUGCUAAGGAGAAUCCAGACUUAAACUGGAUUAGUUCCAUAACCCUGGAGUGUGUGACCCCUCCUGAGAGUGACGAAGAGAGCUGCACAAUGGGCCCUUGGCCCCAGGCUGACCCAACAUGGAUGGCUGGUGAAUGCUUAGAGCAGCUGAGCACCUUUGCUGACCAAGAGAGAGCCAUUGUGCAAGAGCAGGGGCAGUGUCCUCUGGUGCUGCAUGGAAGGGUGAGAUCUGGUCCAGCGGGUAUGUCUGCAAGAAGUCCUCUUCGAGAGGAGGAAGUCGCCUCCAUGGACAUGGAUGUUCAUCUGAGCCCAUGUAGCUCAGAUUGGCCCGAGAAGGACACAGCAAGCAUAGACUGCAACUCCCCACUGGCACAGCCAGGUGUAUCAUCCAUGGAUGACCGCUCCACCACUCCCAUGCUGUGUGAUGCUGGCCCAGGAGGAGCUAGCCAUGAUGCAUCUGCAUCCCAGGGGGAAGUCCAGUUCAAGGGGGUCAGCAUAGAAAUCUUGGCCACUGUGCCAGCCAGAUGCCAGAAAGAACAUUCCUCUGAAGGGUCUGAUUCAGCCAUGCAUGAGAACACAAGAGGGAGUCUGGAGGGUCCCGAAGUGUCCCCAACUGGUGAAACAUCACCUGCUGGAGCUGUAGAUACAAAUAUGAGCUGGGAAAAAGAAUCCUUUUCUGUGGAUGGUGACCAAGAAGUGGUUGAAGAUCCGUGUCAUGGGAGUGGGUCUAAGAGUUCUUGUAGGGGAUCCGCUGUGGCACCAGGAGGCGGUUACAGCCGUGACUUGGACCUUGACGAGGACAUCUGUACGAAUGGUGAUUGGAUGUACCCAGAAAAUGAGAAAGGGUCGGCUGCUGAACGUGAAGCUAUGAAACGUGACUGGCAUUUUACAUUUAAAGAAGAUGAUAGGUCUGUCUCACCUUUGCUAGAGACUGACAAUCAGCCAGGCCUCCUAAAGGAUUAUAUCAACUUCUCUGUAACGAAGAAGCACAAAGAGAAAACAAGAACUUUUCACUCUUCCAAGGGGCAGGACAGUUUCACAGGAGAGUUGGGAUUCAUACACUCCUUGAAUCGGACUUGGAGAAUUUUGAAUGACCCUGUUCAGAACACUUUAGAUAUGGAGUGCUUGCGUUUCCAUUAUAAGGUGAAACAAGUCCUGAAGAACCCACAAUAUUCUACCUCUACUGAUACCUUUACAAAAGGCUUUUCACCUCAGGUAAUAGCAGAAACAUUACCAUUGCGAAAGGUACCAGAUACAGAUGUUUCAAGUCCACCACCCAGAAGCAGAAGUCCACUUCUGAUAACUGUUGUGAACCCAGGCCCCAAACCUCGUGCUUCCCACUGGUACUCCAGAAGCAACAGAUUCAUUGACUCAUUUCAGGGGCCCCCUGUCACUUGUACGCAGGAUUCAGUGAGCAGUGCUGCUAGAGCUCAGUGCCAAGGACAGAGCUCGACUACUCCUUUCCAUCUCAACAAAUUAACUUACAAUAAUAAGCUAAAAGAUUUCCGAGGCAAUAUCUCGGUCAUCAUGGACGAGUUUGCUGAGUUGAGCAGGGUGAUGAUGUUGGAUGACAGGCUGACGAAUAACAAAGGGAGAGAUCUAAAAACUACCUCAGAAGUUGCUCCUGAGAAAAGUUGCCCUGGGAGGGCAGCGUCCUACGAGCACCUCUUCAAUGAACUGUGCAACGCACUACAUUUCAGACUUAAAAAUGUUGCCCAGGAAGCAUGCAAGAAACCUUACGCAUUCUACCUGAUGGAAACGGACAACGAUCCUUUCUUUGGGAGAGUAAAGAAUUUGCUGAAAAAAGGAGGUCACACCGAAGCGGAGCCUCUGCGUUUUUGCCAGACCAGCCACAUGGAGACGGACAAACUGAUGGUCGUCAUUAGGAAUGAGGACAUAUUUCCACACAUACAUAAAAUCCCUGCCCUGCUGAGGCUGAAGCACUUGCCCAGCGUGACGUUUGCUGGGGUGGACAGUCCCGAGGACAUCUUGGAGCACACCUAUCAGGAGCUGUUCCACAGUGGCGGCUUUGUGGUGACUGACGACACGGUGCUCCAGAUGAUGAUGCCGGGGGAACUGAGAGAGGUACUCCAGACCCUGGAGCAGCUCAGUGGCCACGGGAGGUGGAAGUGGCUGCUGCACUACAAGGAGAGGAAGAAGCUGAAGGAGAGCGCCAGGGUGGAUCCCGCUGCUCGUGCCAAGGAGGCCCUGUUGCAGCCCUGCCUGGGGGCAAACAUCGCCAGCGUCCUUCACUACCAUCAGUGUGACUGCAGGUCCUGCCCACGAGACGAGUUUGCGAAUUGCUUGCUGAGCUUGCAGGCCCAGCACGCCAGCGAGAGGUUUGCCGUGUUCCUCACAGAAAAGUUGGGUGCCAGCCGGGAGGCCUUGGAGAGCAAGGGGAUCCUAGUGCUGGAUGUAAAUACUUUCCUUGCGACAGCUCGAGACCUGGUGACGCCGUUCAGGAGCAGCUACUGAUAGAUAAACAGCGUGAACACCUUCCUGACCUUCCAGACAGAGAACGAACCUCUUUUCUGUUUUUCUGAAAGCGCUUGGAGACAAAGCUCCUCCCUCUUCCAGACAUAGGCACUAAAAGCCACGCAUGCAGCCAGAACGGGAUUUUCAAAAUUUCCACUCCUCCUUCCUUGAAUAGAAUGGUAGCCAUUUUAUUUAAGAGCUGCAGUGAAGACUUGUCUUUAUUUAACCACAAUGUGGAACCUCAUAAGGAAAACAUAUUUUUUAUGUUAUUACCUGUCUUGAAUAGAAGAAAGCAGUUCAUGUAUCUGAUGGUGAAGCUAAAUAGAACUAUCAUAGGAAAUAAUAAAACCUGUUUACUUGAAGGUUUAGGAGUCAAUCUAUUUAAGCCAGUUUUCCAGGCAUGGCAUAUAACGGGCUCAAUCCAGCUGGAAGUUUUCCUACCCAAGUGGCCUGAUUGAUGUCUUUGCACAGCUCCAUUCGUUCUAGCAGCCCUUGCGAAGGACAGUUCCCAGGUGGAUUGGGAACUGGUACAGUUGACUCUAAAGCAUCUUAGUACAGAAGUUUUUUGUACAUCAAAACAAAGAUUUGAUGUUACUGUGCAAUGAACAUUACCUUUCACAUUUUAAUUUUUGCUGAUGGGUAUUAUUAACUAGUAAUGAUUAGAACAUGUUUCCCCUUGUAGAUAGCAUGGUUUGAAUUAGGGUUCCUUCCUUUUGACAGUCUAUUUAUGGUAUUGCAAUAAAGGGUUUUACUAAAAUGGCAGCACUAAUAAAAGCAAACCUUGUUAGAUACCUUGUGCAUCUCUUUGGAGACUUUUUGUAACUAAUCUUUAUAAAUAAAGUGGACUAAAAUUUGUUAGCCUGA